AUUGCGCCAGAAAUUCCUGGACGUCCUCCAGCAGCAUGAUCAGCUGAUUUUUGAACUUUCCAUGUCCCCAUUGUUUAUAUUUUCGUCCUGGAUGAGUUUGCACAAAUCGGCCGCCUCGUCUGUAAUUGUUAUAAAUCAUUUUAUCUUAUCGUCGCAGUCUCUAACUAGCUUUCGGCGAUGGCAGACGUAAAAAAAGUGCUCAAAGAGGCCGCCAUCCAGAUCGGAUCGGGGGGCUCUGCAGGCUUUGUGGAGGUUUGCAUAAUGCAUCCCUUGGACUUAGUUAAAACCAGGCUGCAGAUCCAGAGCGGCAAGUCCCUUACUAAAAAUGACCCCAAGCACUAUUCCGGCAUCUUUGACUGUUUCCGGAAAAUGUACAAAUACGAGGGCUUGACCUCCUUCUGGAAAGGCAUUCUCCCCCCGAUUUUGGCGGAGACCCCCAAGCGAGCCGUCAAAUUCUUCACGUUUGAGCAAUAUAAGCAAUUUUUUUUGUUCGGCUCACCCACACCCACACCAUUGACGUUUUCUUUGGCCGGUCUGGGGGCCGGCGUCACCGAAGCCAUCCUAGUCAACCCCUUUGAAGUAGUUAAAGUUACUUUGCAGUCUAACCGGUCUGUAGGCAAGGAACUGCCUAGCACCUGGGUUGUGACUAAGGAAAUCAUUCGGACUGACGGGCUGGGCUUCAGGGGGCUAAACAAGGGGGUUACGGCCACAAUCGCCCGAAAUGGCGUUUUUAACAUGGUCUAUUUCGGUUUUUAUCACUCUGUCAAAGGCUAUUUGCCCGAAUUUGAGGAUCCGGUCAAAGAAUUCGUCAGGAAAGUAGGUAUAGGUUUUACAUCCGGUACUUUAGCCUCUUGUCUCAAUAUUCCGUUCGAUGUCGCGAAGUCGCGCAUUCAGGGGCCACAGCCGGUCCCUGGACAGAUUAAGUACAAGUCCACUUUAGGUUCAGUUGCGCUAGUUUAUAAGGAGGAAGGAUUUAUGGCCCUUUAUAAGGGGCUGCUUCCGAAAGUAUUACGUUUGGGGCCUGGGGGGGCCAUAAUGUUGGUCGUGUACGACUACAUGCACACGUUUUUGACUGCGAAGCUGGCCUAAGGGACAAACAAUUUUCGUAUUUUUGUACUUUAGAUAUGUGGUCCAACUACCGUUUAUUCAACUAGUCUAAAAGUGGGAUGGUUUAAUGCAAUACGGGCUUAAGUUAGACUUGAGCAAGAAUCCAAUAAAUUUAACUUCGUGGAAUGUUUACGUGCUAUAUUUUUAUAAAGUGGAAGUAAUGUACUAGGUGUUUUGUUUAUAUUAGUAUAUAUUUUUAAAACUGGAAUAAAAGAGUAUUUUACAAUUUGA